AGGUGACGUGUUAAAUAAACUGACAGCCAGUUUUGCCGAUCUAUGCUUCUCUAAGACUGCAGACAGUCGAUAAGUUGUCAAAAAAUGGAGUUCGCAACGAGACUAUUUUUAUUGUGUGUUUAUAGUGUUAUUAUUUUAGAAGCUUACGGAUAUCAAAUAUAUUAUUUAGAAGACGCAAAUGUCUGCUCCUCGGCCAAGCGGACAAUUAAAAUGAACUCGAGAAGUACGGCUCUGCUGAUACAACUUUCAAAAUAUCCUCAUGUCACUGAAUUGGCAAUUGACUGCCAUUUAGAAAUUGAAGCCCCCAAAAACCAGGGCUUGCAGGUUGUUGUUGAAGACAUCAACCUCAGGAGAAAUCCUCUGGAUAAUGAGUGUGAUGACUAUGUCUGGUUUGGCAGGGAUGACGACGGCUACCUCAGCAAAAAAUUGUGUGGAGAAAGGAAACUUGUUCCUAUAUAUGAUUAUACCAGUGAGCGUCCAGCUGAAUCACAAAAUGAAGAAACUCUCCACAAUUAUGUGGAAUCACUUAUUCCUGAAGGACCAGAAGCUACAACUUUUUAUGACCCUGGUGGAGAGCUUCAUAUUUGGUUUAGAAAAACCAGCCGUAAAGUAGAUCAACAUCUUCAACCUCUACGACUGAAAGUAGUUGUGACUGCUUACAGGACCAGUAAUAUGAUCUCCUGCAAAACAAAUGACACCGCUUAUUGGCCAUGUAUACCCAGUGUUGACAAGUCAACAAAGACACAAGAAAAAUGCAUUCCAUCUAAUCUGAAAUGCGAUGGACACGUCAACUGUGGGGCAGGACUCUUUUCGGACGAGACGGGCUGCGCUGUGGCAACAUCAAGUAACAUUUCCAAUAAUGCCAUUAGCACGGCUUCACUUGUCAUCCUGGGGGCCGUAGCGCUCCUCAUAUUAUGCCUGAUGGCCAGCAUGGUGUGUUUUUGCCGUCGACGCAAAGCACGUCUUCGCCGAGCAAGAAAUCAGGACGAUUGUCAAGUGGUAUCAACGUUACCCAUUCCACAUCAUGCUGGUGAAGUUCCUCUAGAAAGAUGGCGAGUCCCUCAUCAUGACGAGACUCCGGCCACUAAAGCUGCAGAGGAUCCGCCCCCAAGUUAUUCGGAAUUGUUUCCGGAUUAUGCAGCAGUGCCGCAGCAAUCAACUGACUCGAAUUGACGCUUGAUCAAAACUAUUGCUUCAAUAUCUUCCAAAACUCAAAACGGGAAGAGAACGUAUCGGCUCUCGCAUAGCGCUUUCAUGACAGCAAGACACAACUGUUUUCGAAUUGCCAACUUCCUUUUAAUCACUGCCAAUUUACCAUUUUCUAUCCCCGUUCUUUUCUUCUUUCCCUUUGAAGAAUCAGCUGCACAGUAUUCGGGCUACCAUCACAUGUACCAGUAUUGAGGUCUUGCUGAUUGAGAAUUGCUGAGCCAGUUCACGCAAGUGAUGGUCACGACGUUAGAUUUCAUCUAUAGGAGAAGUUUCUUGCUCAUGAAUUCGGCUUCUGUCCUUUCCUCUCUUCUGUCGUAACGAUUCGACGCCAUUCUUUCCUCGUGCUAGUCUAGUAGGCCUAGCCUUUUGUCCUAGAAAGCGUUUUGCCUGGUUGCACAUCUUUCAAGGUUUGGAUCUGAUUAGAUGCCGAAGUGUAGAGACGUCAAGCAUCAGAUUAUUUGGGGUAAUAGAACGUAAGGGUGCAAAUAAACGGUACCCAACAGGACGCACAUAUCGUCGCACACUAGAAAACUAGCAAGAAGAAAUCUCUUUGUACAUUUUUACCUCCUUUUCUCACUUUAACCUCUCAUCUUGCUCUCACUCUUACCCCAAUUUUUGUCGAUGUAAUAAAUGUGUCGUUCGCGUAGCGGUCGGUCUGUAUUCGCAGUGGAUUAAAAUUUUCUUUUUUUAUUGUUA